CGCGCCUGGCUCGUCAUUGCCAUGGUAACCACAUGUUUCUCUGUCUUCAACCCGUGACCAGUCGGUGCAUUUUGUUGCGUUAUUGAGUUUAAGGUAAUUAUAUGGAUCACAUCGCAGUUUGGAAACAGCAACGCUUCAGUCAAGAAAAAAAAUCCAGUGAAGAUCAGCAAUGCCAGUCUCUCCAGAGCAGCAGGCAGAAGAAGCCAAAACAUCAACCAGUCCUGGAAACCCAGUUUUCACCUGCGUGAUAACUCCACAAGCAAAAGGUCUGAUGUCUGCAGCGGGAACAAAGCUCGAAAGCAUCAUGUAUAAGACCACAUCUGCCGACUAUGGUCGCCUCCCUCCAACCUUUGAAAGCUCUCCGUGCACUUUCCACCCCAAAUCACAAAGAUUCACCGAAGAGCUGAGGAAGACCGGGAUGUAUCGGAACUACUCCUUUAAUACAUCCUUGGACCGUAGCAGGGUGUGUGACUAACUGCUUUGCAGCACAUGACUUUUAAAAAAACCCGAAAAAGCAUACAUCUCAAAUGUAACGACUGCAGUAUUCAAUAUGUGCACAUGUAUGAAAUUAAACUAUAUUGUUUAGCAUG